AUGUCGGCAUCAGAAGAGUUAGAUGCAAAAAUAGCUGAACUGAAUCAAAUGAUGAAUAAUUGUACAAAUUUAAUUGGAGCGAUGUUUGGUAUGGCGCCCGAUGAGACAGAUGAGAUAGAUGAGUCACCAGUAUUGAAAUCAUUCGAUUUGCAUGGUGCUGUUGAAUAUAUGGCAAACUGUUCGAAUAUCAUCAUCAUGUCGGGUGCUGGAAUGUCGACAAGUGCUGGUAUUCCUGAUUUUCGUACGCCUGGUACUGGUCUCUAUUCUCGGCUUGAAAAGUACAAUCUUCCAAAUCCACAGGCAAUAUUUACAUUGGACUUUUUUCGUGAAGAUCCGAAACCAUUUUUCUUACUGGCCAAGGAACUUUAUCCAAACAAUUUUAAACCAACACCAGCUCAUCAUUUUAUUCAACUGUUGAACCAAAAAGGCAAAUUGCUACGAGUAUUCACACAAAACAUUGACUCCUUGGAAAGAGUUGUUGGCAUUCCACCGGAAAAAAUCGUCGAAGCUCACGGAACAUUUUUCACGAAUCAUUGUUUGGAUUGUCAAAAAGAAUAUUCGUUAGAUUAUGUCAAAGAGAUUAUUUUCAACGAUGAGAUACCUCACUGUGAUGAAUGUUCUGGUAUCAUUAAACCAGAUAUCGUCUUUUUUGGUGAAAAUCUUCCCAAACGAUACGGUGAAUGUGUUUCGACCGACUUUCCUCAAUGUGAUUUUCUAAUUAUUAUGGGAACAUCACUUCAAGUGGCACCAUUCAAUACACUGAUAACCAGAGUCAAUAAAAAAUGUCCUCGCUUACUCAUCAAUAUGGAACCUGCUGGUAAUGCUGCUGUAGCAUGGGAGCCAUUGACAAACGUCUUGAAGUUCGAUUCAGAGAAAAAUUAUCGUGAUGUUUUUCAUAAAAGCAGUUGUGAUGAUGGCGUCGCUGAAAUGACAAAACUGCUUGGCUGGCAGAAUGAUUUCGAAAAAUUAUUGGGAAAAAAGACGGUCUCGCAAACAAGCAAAACAUUACUACCGAAGAAUGCCAUUGCAACUCCAACGAUACGUUCAUCAGUAACGACGAAUAACUCAAAACCUACAAAAGCUCAAACAACAGUAACCGGCAUAGCAAUGGCAAAUAUCAAAACACAAUGUUUUACAUGUGAUAAGGAAAAAAUAACAUAUCCUUGUAAAGGAUGUUCAAAAGAAUUUUGUUUAACACAUUUAACAGAACAUCAACAAAUAUUAAAUGAUCAAUUAAAUCAUAUUACCAAUGACCAAUUCAGAGAAAUUACACAAGAAUUAAAUAAUCCACUAAAGGUUUCUAUUAAAGAAGAUUCACCAUCAUUUAUUAAUGAAAUUUCAAUUAUUUUAUCAAAAAUAUCAAAAUUCAACAAAUGGAAAGAAAAUGCCAUCACUGUAGCUGGUGGAAAUGGACAAGGACAACAAUUAAAUCAACUGUAUUACCCUUACGGAAUCUUUAUUGAUGAAAAGAAAAAUAUUUUCAUUGCUGAUUGUUUGAAUAACCGUAUUAUUGCAUGGGAAUGUAAUGCAAAUGAAGGACAAAUUAUUGCAGGUGGAAAUAAAGAAGGAAACCGAAUGAAUCAACUGAAUGGACCAAGAGAUGUGAUUGUUGAUCAACAAAGUAAUUCGAUCAUCAUUGCUGAUUAUGAUAAUAGACGAGUGAUUCAAUGGUUGGAUCAAAAUCAACAAAUUCUCAUUGAAGAUAUUGACUGUUUCGGCUUGGCAAUGGAUAAAAAUGGAUUUUUGUAUGUUUCUGAUUGGAAGAAGAAUGAAGUGAGACGAUGGAAAAUGGGAGAAUACAAUAAUGAAGGAAUUGUAGUAGCAGGUGAAAAUGGACAAGGAAAUAAAUUUAAUCAACUCAAUUAUCCUACUUUUAUAUUUGUUGAUGAAGAUCAAUCUGUUUACGUAUCAGACACAAACAAUAAUCGUGUGAUGAAAUGGAGAAAAGAUGCAAAAGAAGGAAGAAUUGUAGGUGGAGGAAAUGGUGAAGGAAGAAAUCUCAAUCAAUUGUAUCGUCCUCAAGGAAUAAUCGUUCGUGAUUUUGGUGAAAUUUAUGUGGCAGAUUGUUGGAAUGAUCGAAUAAUGCGUUGGUGUGAAGGAAAAGAAGAAGGUGAAGUUGUUGCUGGUGGGAAUGGAAAAGGAAAUCAAACAAAUCAAUUGGAUCGUCCUAUGGGUUUAUCUUUUGAUGAUGAAGAAAAUCUUUAUGUUGUUGAUUUUUGGAAUAAUCGGAUAGAAAAAUUUGAAAUAGUGUUGUAA